AUGGCAAAGACUCCUCAGGAUUUGCAAAUCGCCAUUUUGGGCGCUGGCAUGGGUGGUCUUACCACUGCCCUUGCUCUCGCUCAGCGCGGUUUUAAGAACAUUGAUGUGUACGAGAGUGCGCAUGAUCUCGGUUUCGUCGGCGCUGGUAUCCAGCUUGCGCCUAACAUGGCCCGCGUGCUGGACGGUCUUGGUGUCUGGAAGGGCAUUGAGGCUGAAGCCGUGAACAUCGGAGAUACCUCUGUCCGUGUUGGUGCCGAUAACAGCGAGCUCGCCCACGUUGAGCUGGGUUAUAUCAAGGACACUUACGGAUACCGUCACAUGGUGGGCCACCGUGCCUCAUUGGCCAAUGGACUCUACCAGGGUUGUCUGAAGGAGUCUGCUAUUAAGUUCCACUUCGCUACCACCGCAUCAGGUGUCGACUCAUUCGGCCCUCGCCCAUCAUUCACCGCCACUCCCCGCGACGGCGAGGCCGCCUACAAGGUCUCCUGCGAUGUUCUCCUCGGAGCCGAUGGAAUUAAGAGUGAGACCCGCCAGGCCAUGCUGAAGCUCCUGAACGUCGACGUCGGCGUCAAGGACACCAACCAAGCCGCCUACCGUAUUAUGAUCCACAAGGAGCAAAUCAAGGACGACCCCGAGCUUUUGGCCCUGAUUAACAGCACCACUGUCACUCGCUGGAUCGGUGAGAAGCGUCACAUCAUCGCUUACGCCGUCUCCAACAACACCAUCUACAACCUGUCCACCACCCAGCCCGAUAAGAACUUCGCCACCGCUACAAACGCCACCUACACAACCAAGGGCGACAAGUCCGCCAUGAUGGAGGUCUUUGCUGACUUCUGCCCCAUGGUCAAGCGUCUGCUCGAAUACGUCCCCGAGGGUGAGGUCUGCGAGUGGAAGCUGCGUGUCCACGACCCCCUCCCCACCUGGGUCCACGAGCAGGUCGCCCUUGUCGGUGAUUCCUGCCACCCUACUCUCCCUCACUUGGCUCAGGGUGCUGCCCAGGCCAUCGAGGAUGGUGCCGUUAUCGCCGUUGCUCUGUCCCGUCUCCCCGAUACCACCCCCGAGUCCAUUAACAAGGCUCUCCGUGUCUACGAGCGUGUUCGCAAGGGCCGCGCUGAGACUUUGGUCGAGAUGGCCGCUGCUUCUGGCCGUGCUCUGCACUUGGGUGACGGUGCCGCUAAGGAGGAGCGUGAUCGCCAGUUCGCCGCCCUCAAGGCCGGUGGUGGUAAGGGUCCUGUGCCGGACAAGUGGGCUGAUGCCGAUGUCCAGCGCAAGCUCUACGGCUUUGACUGCACCAAGGAAACUGAGGAGCACUUUGAUGAGUACUUCUCCGAGCUGUGUACGUAUCAAAUUACACCAAUCCAUCUCAAGUAUGAAUUGACAAUCAAUCUACGCAAGACUCCCUCACCAUUCCGCCUCUCCCGCCGCCAACCUUCCACGCGCCGGUCCGGUCCCCAAUUCGCCAACACCCCCCGAUUCCUGCUCUCACAAACCACCCCCCAAAAACACAACAGUGACGACAUAAUCGACGACGAUGACUACGCCCCUUCACCCAGUGCCCCAGUGGCAGCCACAACACCGGCAUCCCAGCGCAUCCCGCCGCGCUGGAAGAAGGACGUAAUCGAAGACUACGACGACGACGAGCUACCCGCAAGCACAUAUACAGGCACACCCAGGAGAGCAGGAAGAGAACUAGAGGAUGAUGCCAUCGAAAGCAGCCCGCCCAAGCCCGCGACUCCGGGUUUCCUGGACACCGACUUCGAGGCCCUGUUCGCAGCCGACGACGAUCGUCACAAGCGUCGACGCGUCGACGCACAGCCCACUCUCGCCCAGAAGCUACAAGAAGGAAGGGUAGGAGGAACGCAGGAUGAAACUAAAGCAUCGUCCUCAUCCUCGCCAGACGCUCUCCAGCACAACUUCGUCGCGCCUGAAUCGCCCGCAACACGCUCAGCGUAUAACGCGCCGCCGCAAACUCCCCACCCCACGCGCAAUGCGCAAGCUACCAGUACACCGAGCAUGAUACGACCACCCCGACCACCCGCCAACGCAAGCACGAGCACAGGUAUCGCAGCACCGGCACCCUCAACACAAGCGCCGCCAAGCAGCACGCCCUUCCGCAGCAAACCGCGCUUCAUGCUCUCCGCCAGACAAAUAUCAAGCAGCCAGUCCGCCGGCAUUGCAACGCAGCCGCAAACCCAAAUCCAAACACACACCCCAUUCUCCUCGCAAUUCCCGUCCUCCACGCCGCUCGAAAAACGCAAGCCGACCUUCGUGCUCCCGCGCUCUCCGUCGCCGUCCGCGAAGCCCGCAAACGAAGAUAUCCCCGCGCCCUUCUCGCCGUCGUCGCGGACGCUCCGGCGGCGCGGACGACAGCGUGCGGGCGCGGGCGGUGCCUCGAGCUACGUGCCCGGCGGGAUGGCGGCGGAGGUGCGCGGCUGGAUCCUGGAGACGGGGACGAAGCGCGAGCAGGCUGUUGCUGUGCCACGGGUGCCGGUGGACUACUCGGAGGCUGGGGUGGCGGAGGUCUUGGGUCGGUAUCUGGUUGGUGUGCGGGUUGUGAGUGUGCGGCAUGCGGUGCUGAGGAGCGCGGGUCCGCUGGCGUUUAUUACGGCGGAGAUUGUGGCGGGUGCGGGUGGAGAGGGUUCUGGAGCUGGUGAGGUGCUUCAUAUUUUGGCGAUUGGGCCGGCUCGGUCUAGGCCGCGGUUGUCGGUGCGUUCUGCGCCGGGCAGGGUUCAAGUGGGGGAUUUGUUGGGGUUUCUUCGGGGGUUGGCGUGGGAUGUGGAUUUGAGUGAGUCGGGGGCUUUGCUAGACCAUGAGGAAGUGCAGGAGUUGCUUCAUACACCAGAGGAUGAUGGUAUUGACAGGGCGAAGCAACGCUGGCUGGUGGCGAUGGAGUGGGACCUGGUGCAGGAAGCUACUACUUGA